ACUUUAUACGAAGAUAUGAGGAGUCGGAUAGAAAGAAUCACAAAAAUAGGCCAAAUUCCAGUAGAUAUACGCAAAGAGCAUAAAGGAUUUUGUGAAUGGGACUUGGUUUCAUCCCGGCAUGAUCACCCGGUCAUCCUCCAAAUACUAAUAGAUGGAAGAGAGACCAAGGGUGUGGAAAUUGAAGGUCAAUUGCCAACAUUGGUGUACCUAUCACGAGAGAAGAGACCCCAAUAUCACCACCAUUUUAAAGCUGGGGCCAUGAAUGCACUGAUAAGGGUCUCAUCAAAGAUAAGCAAUGGUUGGAUAAUUCUUACUGUGGAUUGCGACAUGUACUCAAACAAUUCAGAAUCAGUGAGAGAUGCUGUAUGUUUUUUCAUGGAUGAAAAGAAAGGCAAUGAGAUUGCUUAUGUACAGUAUCCGCAAUGGUUCAAUAACAUGACAAGGAACGAUCUCUAUGGCAACUCCUUCGAGGUAAUUCAAAAGGUGGAAUUAGCAACCAUGGAUGCCAAUGGAGGGCCUUUGUAUAUUGGUAGUGGGUGCUUUCAUAGAAGGGACACUUUAUGCGGGUUAAAGUAUAGCAAAGAAUGUAGAGUUGAAUGGAAGAAAGAAGACCAUAUUAAAAAGGAGAAACAAAAUGCAACUGAAUUACAAGAAAUAUGCAAGAUUUUUGCAAGUAGUACCUUUGAAGAAAACACUCAAUGGGGUAACGAGAUGGGUGUGAAGUAUGGAUUUCCGGGAGAAGAUAUUGUGACGGGGUUGUCAAUACAAUGUAGAGGUUGGAAAUCCAUAUAUUUCAAUCCAGAAAAGAAAGGGUUCCUAGGAGUUGCUCCCACAACACUGUUGCAGGCACUCAUACAGCAGAAGAGAUGGUCUGAAGCUAAUUUUCAGCUACUUCUCUCAAAGUACUGCCCCUUAAUUUAUGGGCAUGGAAGGAUUCCCCUUAAGCUUCAAAUGUCAUUCACUCCCUACAUGCUUUGGGCUCCAAAUUGUUUGCCUACACUCUACUAUGUUAUUGUCCCAACCCUUUUUUUCCUUAGAGGCAUCCCCUUGUUUCCAAAGAUAUCAAGCUUGUGGGUCAUUCCUUUCGCAUAUGUCAUCAUUGCCACAAAUGCAUAUAGCUUAGUUGAGUUUCUUUAUUGUGGCGGUACACUUCAAGGUUGGUGGAAUGACCAAAGGAUGUGGAUGUUUAAAAGGACAACCUCUUAUUUCUUUGCCUUCUUUGAAACCAUAUUGAGGCAAUUAGGUUUUUCCAAGUUGGGAUUUGUAGUAACCGCAAAGGUGGCUGAUGAGGAGGUUCAUGAACGAUAUCUGAGAGAGGUCAUGGAGUUUGGUACACCAUCAUCACCAAUGUUUACCAUUUUCACCACGCUUGCAAUGCUCAACCUAUUCAGUUUUGUUUGGGGCUUGAUUAGGAUGGUUAUAGAUGUGCAAAUUAAUGUUUUGGAAGCACUGGCGUUGCAGCUUGUUUUAUGUGGUCUCAUUGUUGUGAUCAACCUGCCGGUAUAUCAAGGACUCUUCUUUCGAGAGGACAGCGGAAAAAUGGCCACCUCUGUUGCAUACAAGUCAAUCAUGUUAGCUCUAUUGGCUUGUUCGAUAGUAUUGUAUUAGUUAACCAUGCCUUCGUGUAAUAAGCAAAAAUUUCAUCUACUAAGAUUCAGCACAAUAAGUGAUUUACCAGCUUAGAGGAAGACAUGAUUUUGUACUUUGUUGUAUACUUCCGAUAUCGUGUUGUUAAAUUUUCUUAUAUAAUUGAAUAUCUAGUUUGUUGCCUA